CUUUUGGGUUUAUAUAGAGAGGCGUGCAGGGGGGUCCUGGAGGAGUGGACAGCACAAGCUUCUUUAACUUCUCUCUGUCCCAGCACACAGGACUCCCUCUCAGCUUCACAUGCAAGAAGAAGUGCAAGCUGUGCUCAUCUGAUUACAUAAUGACCCAGUAACAGUGAGCCAGAACCGGUACUGCCAGUACCAGUGUGCUGGGAGACACCGACUGACCGCUGGUUAAUCCUCAUCCAGGCCUCUCUUCUGACGGGUUUCAAGUUUUUUCCUUUUUUAAAAUCUACGAUGACAACAACGUAGGGGGGCUGCAAAAGAAAAAUAUGCAAACAAUGUGAUGUCAAAGUGAGAGGUGAUUCAAAACAUGCUUGAGCUGUCAACAAGUGCGCGUCGUUCAAAACCGUGAAAUCUCUCUUCGUUUUUCAAUCCUUUUUCCCCCAAUUGUAGGCUGUCUGUCUUUUUCACAUGUCCGCUGCACAGUGAAAGUAAUUAAAUCUUCAGGUUUCCAAGCUGUGGUCAAAGUCAUCUUCUGUUACAAGUCAACAGAAAGCGCCAGCCAUGACCUCAGCCACUCCCCCCUCCUCUGAAGGCUCCUCCCCUCAGAAGGUAUGCCACUCCCAGACGCAGACUGACAUCACCAAGCCCCUGCUGGGCUCCACAGGGGGGACUGGAGGUGCUGGUGCAGGUGGAGGAGGAACAGGAGCGGUAGGGCCCAGUGCUCUGCGAAGGAGGCGCCGUGUCCUCUCCAAAGAUGGACGUAGCAAUGUACGCAUCGAGCACAUAAGCGGGCGAGGUGCGCUAUACCUCCGUGACCUCUGGACGACUUUCCUGGACAUGCAAUGGCGCUACAAGUUCUUUCUCUUCUCUGCCACCUUUGCUGGAACCUGGUUCCUGUUUGGAGUGCUUUGGUACCUGGUGGCAAUGGUGCAUGGAGAUCUGCUGGAGUUUGACCCCCCCUCCAACCAUACCCCAUGUGUAAUGGAGGUGAAGACCCUGACAGGAGCCUUCCUCUUCUCUCUGGAGUCUCAGACCACAAUUGGCUACGGUUUCCGGUGCAUCACCGAAGAGUGUCCUGCUGCCAUUGUCCUGCUCAUUUUUCAGCUGGUCAUUACCAUGGUGAUGGAGAUCUUCAUCACUGGCACCUUCCUUGCGAAGGUCGCUCGUCCCAAGAAGAGAGGCGAGACAGUGAAGUUUAGUCAACAUGCUGUUGUGUCAAAUUAUGAGGAUCGCCCCUGCCUCAUGAUCCGAGUGGCCAACAUGCGCAAAAGCCUGCUAUUAGGAUGUCAGGUGACGGGGAAGUUGCUUCAGACGUCCCUGACAAAGGAGGGCGAGACAGUACGGCUGGACCAGCGCAACGUGCCUUUCCAAGUGGACACGUCCAGCGACAGCCCCUUCCUCAUCAUCCCCCUGACUUUCUACCACAUCAUUGAUGACAACAGCCCCCUCAGGGCCUGGGCAGCAAAAGGUGGUGGUUGGACAGACCCGGAGCUGGCUGACUUCGAGCUGCUGGUGAUCAUGAGCGCCACGGUUGAGCCGACCUCCGCUACCUGCCAGGUUCGGACAUCCUACCUGCCAGAUGAGAUCCUCUGGGGCUACGAGUUCCCCCCCGUCGUGUCCCUGUCUCCCUCAGGAAAAUAUGUAGCCGAUUUUGCCUUCUUCGACAAAGUGGCCAAAACCAAAACCGCACCCUUUUUUAAGCACUCCCUGCCACCGAGCCCGCCAUCACAGGCGUCCCGUCACCACAGAGGCAAGGAGGAUGGGACGGAUCCAGAGAAGAUGCGACUGGAAGAGAGCUACAGGGGGGAAGAGAAGGGGCGAGAAAGGGGGCGCAUUAGAGAUAGCAGCCCACUAAGUGUACGUAUUAGUAAUGUGUGAGGGAAGACAGAGACAGGAAGAAGUAACAGAAAGUUGAUGUGAAACUUAGAUAUGGUAGGCAGGCAGACAGGAAGAAAAGAAAGAAGCUGCUCAACAGAAGAAGUCAAGCUCUCACAUGAAAACACCUCCCCCAUUUGUACACAUAUGUGAGUUGUGGAAAGUGAACACCUUGCCACCGUGCCCUCUAACCACACACAGACACACAUACCAAUAUGCUACUGUAACCACUAGUGAUACCAAGGGUAUUUGUGUGUGCAACCAACUUCAGAGAGAGCACGUUACAAACCCAACAUGUACAAAUGUACAGCACAUUAUCAAGUCAUCCAUUUUCUAUACUUAUAUUAAUUUUUCUUUUUUGGAAAGGACUUGAUUUACUGUAACUGGAAGAUACUCAAACACUGCAAAAAACUCAUCAGGUCAUUUCUGUCUAUAAUUUAGCCAUAGGCUGGUGGGAAUAACUUCUGCGAAAAAGUUGAUUUCUUUUGAAAAUAGGUUGAAAUAUCCUCACCACACUUGCAGAUGUUUCACCUGUUUUAAGAAAAUAAAAACUCUAUUACAGACAAAUUGACUCGAUGAGAGGAUUUUUGGAGUGUACUUGAAUGUCUGUUAUGGAUGUUAAUCACUGAAUCACAGUACUGUUUUUCUUUUUUUUUUAUUAUUAAUAAAAUACCUGCAACAGGUGGCGAAAAUACUGGAACCAUAUUAUUAUUUUUUAAUGAAGGAUUUUAAAGGAAUGUAUCGUAUUUUAUGUACCCAAUAGUUUCUAACAACAUUGUUACUUGUUGCACCUGGAAAUAUUAUGCUCUUUGAUAUGAAUGUUUUUUCCUUGUUUAUUGGGGUAAAUAUGUUUAGUAAUAUUACUAAAAGCACUUUAACUUGAAAGAAAAGUGGCAUUUCACACAAGGGGAAUAACUGAACUAACUUUGAUACUUAAUGCACUGUAAUUAAUGAUUAAAUCUUGUAGUUAUGUUUGGGGUUUGUGAGUGAGUUUUUAUGCGUGAAAAUGGGUAAUUCUGUGAGUGUGAUAAUACUGUUUGUAUGAACCUUUUUGUGAACUGCCUUUAAAUUUCAUGUACAGUAUGUGUGUGUUAAUGUACCUCUGUACAGUGUAUAAAAUAUUUUUUUCCUAUAUUCUUCAUUUCUUGAUGUCCUGACAUGUGAUACACAACUCCACAUUUUCCAUAUACAAUAUUGUUCUCAAUGCACAAUGUUUCUUUCUGUAAAGUACAGUUCACUCAUCUUUUUACUGCUGUAAUUUUUUUCAUAUGGUAGUUAUGAAAGUAUCUGUGGAUUGUGCCAAUGUGUGUCGAAUCAACUGCCUUCUUUUUAUUAGAUAAAUGCAUAUAUUUGGAUAAACAUCUUAAAUUUUCUCUUUCUACGCUACAUGGAAAUGGUGAAAAAUGCAUCAAAAUCAAAUCAAAUUAAAGGUACAACUUAAAUUCCUUGGUUAAUGCUGAUAAAACUUAGACUUUAAAGGUCCAGUGUGUAACACUUAGGAGGCUCUAUUGAAUGAAAUAUAAUAUUCAUAAGUAUGUCUUCAGUGUGUGUUCAGUGUAUAAUCACCUGAAAAUAAGAAUUGCUGUGUUUUCAUUACCUUGUAAUGAGCCUUUUUUAUCUACAAAGCAAGCAGGUCCUUUUCUAUGUUUCUACAUUAGCCCAGAACAGACAAACCAAACAUUGGCUCUAGAUAGGCCCUUUCAUAUCUGCACAUUUUGUGGCCAACAUAGUUUCUUCUAUGUGCUUGAAAUGGGAGGGUGAAGUCAUUGGGUUCAGCAACUACACCAGUCCAUUAAGUAAGGGAACGGGGAACAUAAGCAAAGGAUUACAAAGAGAUAGAUUGCUAGUAACUUUUUCUUCACUGAAAGUCUUUUUGUUUAAUUGGCCCAAAAAAAUAAAAUCAGUAAUAUAUGAUAUAUAUAUGAUCUCUUUUAAAUGUGUCUUCUUAAUUCUAUGAUAUAAGUGUCACUAUUCAAAUGAAAUCACCUGCUGCUCUGGACAAGCCCAAUGAAAAAUGACAGGAAAUAUUUCUCUAUCAGUGUCUGAUGAGAGGUUGUUCUUGUUUAUACUAUAAAGCCUACUGUAUAUUGAAUAUGGAUCCCUCAUAAUACUGGAAGCUCAUUGGUCUAACUCUGAAAAUAAGCACUUUUUAUGUGGCUCUUUUAAUAAAAGUAUCAUUUACAACAUG